GUGCAGCAUUUAACACCAGCGCCAAUUUACAAGAAGAACGUGCAGCAGCACCACCAGCAACAACACCGACCACGACACCCACAACUGCUACAAGUGGGAUAGUAGUAGUGGCGGCGGCGGCGACAACGUCAAAUUCUGAUUUAACAACGGCAGUAAAUACAAGCACAACAACAACUACAAUACCUUUGAAUAGAAGUUCACCCAGUAAGACAUCAGGAACAGCAACAGCAGCAACAACUACACCACCGAAGAUCUCAGCAAUAACAAAUGCAAACACGGCUCAAACGGAACAAACAGCAGCGACAUCGCCAAUCGUUAACCCAACAACAGCAGGGGCAGCAACAACAACAUCCAUAUCAAUUUCUAGCGUAAAGUCUUCUCCUUCUGGCUCCUCCUCAGCAUUGGUCUCCUAUUCCACGGCCUCUAAUAGAUCCCUAAGCAAUAACAACAGCAACCACAACAAUAAUAAUUCGAAGACACGUCUAGCGAACGUUACAACCACCACAAGCAUGUUACUAUUGCAACCAAAUAACACUUUCGGUACUCUUUCUCCGUUUGAUAGCUUUUCCUCGCAAACUGGCAAUCAACACCAUCAGACGGCACAACAUCAACAGCAGCAACAACAACAACAUCAGCACCAUCAGACGGCACAACAUCACCAGCAGCAACAUUCGCAUCAUCAUCAGCAUCACCAACAUCACAGUGCAGCAGCAACAACAGCAACGUUGGCUGGCAACACCACUUCUCAUCACUUAUCGGUGGCCACCGAAGAUCACUUAAUCGGCAAUCUAACCGAUACCACCACCUCCGAACAUUCAGAGUUAAUUGAUCACACCUUUAAUCAGCUAUCCGAUUUAUUUUUUCCUACCGAUUCGAAUCAAUCGUUGCUGUCACCAACCCUGGAUAGUAAUCCCAGUCGAGAAGCAGACUCCUCAACUGAGGAUAUCACUUCGUCCCUUGAGAAUCUAACAAAAUUAACGUGCCUCCGUGAAAAACGUCUAUCAUCGAUACCCGAACAACAUAGUGUACGAACUGCGAAUUCGGAAGCCGAUCAUAACUCCUCGUUGUGUUUUGAUCGUUCAACGCCACAGGAAAUUGGUUUACUGAGUUUACGGUCAAGCAGUGAUCCAGCCAUAGCCUUACAUACCCUACAAGAACGCCAGCAAACUGCAGGUGGUGGUACCACAAGAGGAGGAGAUCCUUUACUAUCACCUCUGGGUGGGCCAUUAUCCCUGCCCAGUUUCGAAGAAACCUAUUCGCUCAAAUACGGAACAACAACACCCACAGGUUCGGCCAGUACCGUUUCGGCCAGUGAUCUACAAAUAAAAAUGGAUGAAGAUUGUUUCCCGCUCAACACCUCGUCGGGAGAGGGUAUUGGUGGUCCGGCAUUAAAUCAGGCUCAAUCACAUCAUCAGCACCAUCUACACAAUCAACAACAGCAGCAUCACCAUUCUCAGCUAGGUAACAAUCACAAUAGUUUAUUGGGAAAUCCGCAGCAGCAACAAUCGACGCAACAACAGACCCAUCUUCCACAGCAGUCCCACCACCACCAACAUCAUCCGGCCCAGCAGCAGCAACAACAGAAUUCCAAUAAUUUCAGUUAUCAUGGCCAUUUUAAUGCCAGCACAACACCAGCCUCCUCCACAUCGUCGGUCUCAUCAUCGCCCUAUGAAUUCACCAAUGGCAAUGAGACUUCGGGAAGUUUUAAUGCCACCACAACGGGAGAGAAUUUCUAUCAUCAGUACCAUCUCAAUACGCAACCAAAUAACUACCAUUCAUCGACAGCGGAACGUUACAGCCUUCCAACAUUUCCCACCAUGUCCGAAUUGGAAGCGGCCACAGCUGUGGCAUCUGCUGCCGCCUUGGCACCAUUGCGACGUGCCUCUCUACCCGUCAAUCGUUCCGAAUCUCCGCUCAGCAAUCAUAGUCCAAAGCUUCCUAAAUUGGUAAUAGGUUCCACGAAUUCGACACUGCAUCACAAGCAUACACAUUCACAGCUGUCAAGUGCACCAAGUUCCGCCUCGAAUUCUCCCAGUGUACGACAACAGACAGCAACUCCGAUUCUACACCAUCACCAAAUGAAUCAAUCCGCCGCAUCAGAUAUGCUUAAUGGUCGGGUUAUACCCACCCCGCCGUCUCAGCUGUGUGCCGUGUGCGGAGAUACGGCCGCGUGUCAACAUUACGGUGUUCGCACCUGUGAAGGUUGUAAGGGCUUCUUUAAGCGUACCGUCCAAAAAGGUUCCAAAUAUGUUUGUUUGGCCGAUAAAAAUUGUCCCGUCGAUAAACGGCGUCGUAAUCGCUGUCAAUUUUGUCGUUUCCAAAAAUGUCUAGCCGUCGGUAUGGUGAAAGAGGUGGUGCGCACCGAUUCGCUAAAGGGCAGACGUGGUCGAUUGCCCUCAAAACCAAAAUCUCCACAAGAAUCACCACCCUCGCCACCAGUGUCACUGAUAACAGCAUUGGUGCGUUCUCAUGUCGAUACCACGCCAGAUCCAUCUUGCCUUGACUAUUCCCAAUAUCGUGAACCUAGCCAAGAGGAUUUGCCGUUGGUAAUGAGUGAAGCGGAAAAGGUACAACAAUUCUAUAAUCUCCUAACCACAUCGGUGGAUGUUAUAAAACAAUUUGCUGAGAAAAUACCCGGCUAUUCGGAUCUCACACCAGAAGAUCAAGAAUUAUUGCUGCAAUCUGCCUCCCUGGAAUUGUUUGUAUUGAGGCUAUCGUAUCGUGCCCGAAUCGAUGAUACCAAAAUGACAUUCUGUAAUGGCAUUGUUUUGCAUCGCAGCCAAUGUCAACGUUCCUUUGGCGAUUGGCUGAAUGGGAUUUUGGAGUUUAGCAAAAGUCUUCAUAGCCUAGAAAUUGACAUAUCUGCAUUUGCGUGUUUGUGUGCUCUGACACUGAUAACGGAACGCCACGGCCUGCGGGAACCGAAAAAAGUCGAACAGUUACAAAUGAAAAUUAUUGGCAGUCUGCGGGAUCAUGUCACCUACAAUGCUGAGGCUCAAAAGAAACCCCAUUAUUUCAGUAGACUAUUGGGCAAGUUACCUGAAUUGCGAUCACUUAGCGUACAAGGUCUACAACGGAUAUUCUAUUUGAAAUUGGAAGAUUUAGUGCCAGCACCAGCCCUAAUUGAGAAUAUGUUUGUGGCCAGUUUGCCGUUUUAAACGUACAACCAAAAUCCCA